AUGGGCGGUGAAGAAUCCAAAGAAAAAGCUGCCACAUCCACAGUCGACACGGAUGGGGCGAUUAAAACAUCAGUAGUAACUGCUGGACGACCAAAGCAUCGCAAGGACGAACAAUAUACGGUCUUAUGGGUUGAUUCAAAUAUUGAUUCAAAUAAUCCCGAUUGUAAAAACACCCUUGCACAAUUACACAUCGUAGUCAAUGAAGUAAAACAAUGCACCAAAUGGGAAGAAUGCAUUGAAUGGCUCAGUAUGAAUAGAGAGGAGACAUUCUAUGUUAUUGUCUCUGGUGGAUUAGGUCAAUCGCUUGUGCCAAACAUUCAUAGUAUGCCAAACUUAGAUUCUAUAUAUAUUUUUUGUGGCAAUCAACAGCGACAUGAAGAAUGGGCUAGGCGUUGGUCCAAAAUUAAAGGUGUUCACACUUCUAUCAAUCCAAUCUGUGACGCAUUGAAGUUGGCUAUCAAACAUCGUAAUCAAGAUAAUGUGAGAGUCAGUAUAAUUGGUGUAAACGAAGGAAGCUCUAACGAAAAUAUAAAUCAAUUAGAGCCAACAUUUAUGUAUUCACAAUUAUUCAAGGAAACUCUUCUUGAAUUGGAAUAUGGUGAGCAAGCCAUCAAAGAUUUCGCCAAGUUCUUGAAAAAAGAAGAAUAUUAUAAUAAUAAAAAAGAAAAACAAAUGAUUAAAGAAUUCGGAAAUACUUAUGACCGAUCGAACGCCAUUUUUUGGUAUACACGUGAGUGCUUUAUGUACAAACUACUCAAUGAAGCAUUAAGAACACUCAAUGGUGAUUUGAUCAUUCGAAUGGGAUUUUUUCUUUGCGAUUUACACCAACAAAUCGAAAGGCUAUAUCAAAAUCAAGUUGGCCAAUAUUACGGGAAGACCUUUCAGCUGUAUAGGGGACAAGGAUUAUCGACAACUGAUUUCACUAAACUCGAAAGAAACAAAGGUGGACUUAUAUCGUUCAAUAAUUUUUUAUCAACCAGUAAGAAACGAGAUGUUUCAGUUUAUUUUGCCACUAAAUCUGCAGUAAUAUCUGAUACAGUUGGUGUUGUUUUUCAAAUCUUAAUCGAUCCAACAAUCUCAUUGACAUCAUUUGCGUCUAUUCGAGAACUUAGCGAUCACGAAGACGAAGAUGAAAUUCUCUUUACAACGCACAGCGUUUUUCGAAUUGGAGAAAUUCGAAAAAUUGACAACAAUCUUCGCCUAUAUGAAGUUGAUCUUAAAUUUACAGCAGAUGAUGAUAAACAACUCCGUAAACUCACAGAUCGCAUACGUCAAGAAUCUGAAAGUCCAACAGGUUGGUGUCGUUUAGGUAAAUUGUUACUUAAAACUGGUCAGUUCGACAAAGCCGAAGAAUUAUACAAGGUACUACUCAAGCAGACAACCAACAACAACGAAAGGGUGUUUAUAUAUCAUCAACUUGGAUUGUUGAAUAAUGAGAAAGGAAAAUAUACAGAAGCAGCUUCAUCUUAUGAAAUGUCCCUAAAACUCAACCAGAGAAAUCUUCCCGAAGACCAUCCUUCGUUAGCUAAUACGUAUAACAAUCUCGGUCAAACAUAUCAAAAUAUGGAUAACUAUUCGAAAGCAAUGGAAUUUUAUGAAAAAGCACGGCGAAUAAAAGAAAAAACAUUUGCUCCAUAUGAUCCUGAUUUGGCAAUUUUCUAUGGAAACAUUGGCCAAGUUUAUAGCAAAAUGGGUCAAUACGAAAAAGCACUUGAGUUUUACGAAAAAGACUUAGAAAUCACAAGGGUAGCUCUGCCUCCGAAUCAUCCCAAUUUGGCUACGUGCUACAAUAAUAAGGGUCAAGUGUAUAGCAACAUGGGUAACUACACAAAAGCAUUGGAAUUUCACGAAACAGCACUUCGAAUACGGCAAAUAUCUCUACCGCCACAGCAUCCAUCAUUGGCUAUCUCCUAUAACAAUAUCGGUUCAUUGUACAGCAAGAUUGGUGACUACCCUCAAGCGCUCUUUUAUCUAAAAAAAGCACUUGCUAUUUGGCAAAAUUCGUUUAGUCCAACGCAUCAUUUAAUUGAAACGGCCUUAAAAAAUAUUAACUAUGUAAAAAAUAAGAUGUAA